AUGUCUGUGUCGGGAAAGCAGGACCGCAAGGCGCGCGCCAAGGCUGUAUCUCGCUCUUUCAGGGCUCAGCUGCAGUUCCCCGUGGGCCGCGUGCACCGCCUGCUGCAUAACGGCAACUACGCGGAACGCAUCGGCGCCGGCGCAUCAGUGUAUCUGACUGCGGUGCUGGAGUACCUGGCGGCCGAGAUCCUGGAGCUGGCAGCCAACGCGGCCCGCCACAACAAGAAGACCCGCAUCGCCCCGCGCCACCUGCAGCUGGCCGUCCGCAACGACGAGGAGCUCAGCAAGCUGCUGGGCAAGGUCACCAUCGCGCAGGGCGGCGUGCUGCCCAACAUCCAGGCCGUGCUGCUGCCCAAGAAGACCGAGAGCUACUACCAGAAAGGCCAGCGGAAGUGACCUGCAUCCCGGGAGAGGAA